AUGGCUUCCCCUCUCGUGGCUGCUAAGAAGCAGCUCCGGUCCGUUAUGAGAGAAAAACUCACCAGCAUUUCGCAUGAAUCUGUCAAAAGCCAGAGCCGAGCUGUCCUCGAGACGCUUAAGGCGUUCAAACCAUAUGUAGAGGCACAAAAACUCAGCAUCUUUCUCUCAAUGCCUUCGGGUGAGAUUCAGACAGACGACAUCGUACGCCACGCUCUUUCAACGGGGAAGCAGGUCUACGUCCCGUAUCUGCACAAGUCUCCAUUCCCUCCCGGAGAGACACCGCCCCGGGUCAUGGACAUGGUCCGCUUGCGCGACCUUGGAGACUACGAGUCGUUGCAGCCGGAUAAAUGGGGAAUUCCUAGCAUUGACCCAGUUACUGUCGGUCAACGAGAUCGCGUUCUCGGCGAGCCUGGCUCUGAGUCACCAGAAACCUGCUUCUUAGACCUCAUGCUACUGCCGGGAGUUGCCUUUGACAUCGACGAACAGUCGGGUGCAAUACGGAGACUUGGUCAUGGGAAGGGGUUUUACGAUCUGUUUAUUCGACGGUACGCAACAAAGUACAACAAGUCAUUGGCAGCGACACACCCUGUAUUGCUCUAUGGCUUGGGUCUCUCGGAGCAAUUUCUCUCCCAACCUUCAGAUAGCGCAGUUCCUGUAGCCCAGCACGACCAACCCCUCGAUGGCCUAGUCUUAGGCAAUGGGGAGGUUAAGACACCCGCAGACAACUCCCGUAACCAUUAG